UCAAGAACCUAUAAGAUUAUUUUUAGAGAUUUAUUCUGAAAGAAAUCACUAUUUUUUCAAGAUGAGCUGGUUCCAAAAGUUACGUUCCAAAAGUGUGAAUACCCAGAGUCGCCCUCCGACCGGCGUGCGGUCGCUCUACGGGAAGGUGAUGGUCGACCCCCAGACGUGCCUCGAGGUCUUCAAGAACCACUGGAGACAGGCCUACACCAUCAUGUGCCGCCAUAUCCCCACCCAGGCGACCAUUUACCACCGCGUGGCCCUGACGGGCGACGAGGUCCAAGCCGUGGUGAACUACGUCGAUCAAAUGAUGAACCUCCUUGUUGAGGAAGAAACCGUGAACGGGAAAAUCGGGCCGAUGCUCCAAUUCCUCACCAACGAGGGCAUCAUGGAGAAACUGUUGGACUGGAGCGUGGAGCACAGUCAGUUUGCUGACGAGAUGAAGCACGAACAACUCAAGGUGUACGAAACCUUGCUGUGCGGGUCUCCACAACCUGUCCUGCACCAGAAACACAUCCUCAACCCCCUCCUGAGGUUACUGGGGAUGUGUUCAGACGCAAACACGGUCGAAAUCGAGAACCACCUUAUCCUAUUACUGAACCAACUGUGUGUAAGUCUAUACAAGGACCCGUCGUUGCUGGAACAGUUCUUCAACGCGAAGGCAGAUCACGGCCCCGCCAAGUUCCUGAUCUUUUCGUUGCUGAUUCCGUACGUGCACCGGGAGGGCAGGAUUGGUCAGCAGGCCCGGGACGCGCUGCUGCUCUGCAUGUCACUGUCUGCGGAGAACGAGACUGUGGGGACGUACAUCGCGGAAAACUCCAACUUCUGUCAUGUCCUGGCCACAGGUCUGAGCGGCCUAUACUCCUCCCUGCCCAGGAAGAUAGAGAUCAGGUCGGAUGAUUGGCAUGCGCUGAGAAAGGAAGACUAUGUCAACGCCCCCGCUCUACUCAUGUUCCUCAACUCACUGGAGUUCUGCAAUGCAGUAGCACAGGUUGCCCACCCCAUGGUGAGAAACCAGCUGCUGGAACUGCUGUACAACGGGUUCCUGGUACCAGUCAUGGGUCCAGCUCUGCACAAGACGUCUGUGGAUGAAGUGAUCGCGAGCACCACGUACUUCGACCUGUUCCUCCGCACCAUCACGGAACCGGCGCUGAUGAAGGCCUUCCUACGCUUUAUCACCACGGCAACGUAUGACGACCAUCUGGUCAUGGACGCCCUCAUCAGUAGGAUCACCAGUAACUCCAGGAUAUCUGUGGUGACCCUGGCACUGUUCCGCACUGUCGUCAGCCUGAACUGUGAAGAUGUCAUGUUGGAGUUAGUCCUCAAGUACCUGGUACCCUGCACCCACGUGAUGGUGAGCCAGCGUAGGUCCGUAAAAGAAGCUGACCUGUACGGUAAGACAUCAGAGAAGUUCCUCUCUCUCACGCCCGACUGCUGUAGGAUCGACAACAACGCCAACCAGCAGGCCGCGCCCGUUGCCAUAGUGACAAACAUCGGCAUCAAGGGCAACAAGGCAACCCCGGUGACCACCAUUGAUCAGAAAGUUGCAGAACAGAAGGUGAAAGAGAAGGCGGAUCUGAGGAGGUUUGAGACAAGUUACAUGGAGUAUCUCCAGGACGCGCGGGUAGGUAUCGGACAGUCGUGGAAGGCUUGUAAGUGUUGGUCAGCUCCGUACGAUGGCGACAAUCCCCCGGAGGAUAGCGUGAAGGCUGAGGACUUGCACUGGGGGCAGAUUAAGAACUAUGAUAGGAAAGAAAGGGUCGUCUACGGGACUUCUAGAGGGAGGAGUGCCAGUUUUCACCCCAGGUCGCCCAGCGAAGGAGUCGAGCUGCGGCCGAGACUAGGGAGUGCUCCCGUGAAGUCACGACAGAUGGAUGAGACGCCAGACAGCGGGCUGUCGUCGGGGUCAGACACCAAGCCGGACAACGAGUGGUCUCUGACGUUCAAAGGUGGGCGGAUCGAGGCUCACUCGCCUUCCAAAACCAGGAGAAAAAUCAGCCCGACCACCUCCAGUUCUGACUCCCUGCACAGCAUACAUAGCAUUGUAGACGUAGAAGUUCAUGUAGAUGGCAAAAAGACUGAUGACAAAGCCAAGGAGAGAGUUGCUGUGAAUGGAGAGAUGAAUGAAGGGGCAAAAAAGGAAGAACAGGAAGGGAAAGAGUUGAAGUCGGAAGACUUGGGUACAGAUGAACAGAAGAUUGUACAGAACGGGGAAGAAGAAGAAGAGAAAGACAGAGGUCAGUCUUUACCAUGCCAUGGCACUUCAGGGAGCUGUAGACAAUCAGGUGCUUUAGCUAACGGUGCCGGGACCUUGCAUGAGGUUCUGCAUGGCAGCGGUGGCAUUGUGGGUGUUGGUGGUGUCGGUAGUAGUGCUAGUGGUGAAAACUGCUCUAGAACUCACGCUGCACAGAAUGGCGGACAUUGUGGCGAAAAUGCGGGCAAUAACGGUGGCCGGAAUGCGGAGACACGGCAUGAAACGCACGAGAGUGGGCUGUCACACGGAAUGGCUGGAGACACAAGCAAUACUGACCACACAGCAACUAACACUCUCCCCAGAUCCGACUCAUUCGAGGCCCUAUUUAACGCCCUGGAAAGCAAACCCAUUGACGGAGAGCUCGAGCUGGACAUGUCUAUCGAAAACUUGUUAAACAGGGAUGUGGAAGGGAAGGCCCUUCCUCCCGAGCUAAGGACUAAACGCUCGUACACCAAACUAGACACCAGCCUCAGCUCCUUGCACACUAAUAACAAUCUCACCAAUGAUAGAGUAGUGCAUAUAUGUAAGUCCUGCUGUGAUGAUGGUGACAAUGAAGUGUUUGAUCAACUAGACGAGACAGAUGGAAAGGAGAAGAAGGAUGCUGAAGAUGAAAAUGAUGAUGAUGAGGAGGAUGAAGCCGUCUCCUCCAUGGCGACCACGCCCUCUCCAGGCAUGUCCCCGCCCCAGACUCCACACGGAGAGCUUCCACAGUCCCCCACCAACUUUAGACCACUCCAUCUGGCGUUCAGCCCCAUAGCUGCACAGGAGGACAAGAGUCGUAUUGGCUCACCAAACACAGGACCCUUCAUCGCUGCACUGUUCUCCAAGCUGGAGACCAUGAUGUCCAACUCUCUGUACGUGAACCUGCUGCUGACAGGAAUCCUGCGCCAGCUGUCCUACUACCCCCUGCCUCUGCUCAGGUCCUUCCUACUCAACACCAACCUGGUCUUCCAGCCUAGCGUCAAGUCACUCGUGCAGAUCCUCAGUUCUGUGAAGAACAAAAUUGACUACUACUCCCAGUCGGUGGAGAACUUCCAAGGGCUUGUUGUACGCGGGCGGAACUUCCUGUCGUACCGAGAACAGGUGCUGUACGACUCCGAGAGCAACCAGAUGAUCCUGAAGGACAAGAAACAGGCUGUCGGACAGUCGCCCUCCCCACAGACCACCCCAGCACCCACCCAGCCUCCCAAACCACAACCCCCUCCUCCUGUUCCUCCAGUCGGAGAUGCAAAUUCCAUAUGGGAAGGUCUGUCCGAACUGUACGAACAUGUGUGGAGUAUGACCGACCCCUGUAAGUGUUGAGGGUACUUCAGUAAU